CUGAAGGCGACAGCCCCGGCUUCCCAUGCACAGCAUGACGUCAGGUGGACAGCACUUCGGGAAAAUACCAUAGUGAUCCUGAGUGAUCUAUAUAGUCUCAAACCACAUAGCAACACAUUCAAAUAGCUGAUUGCUCUUAAACACAAAGUCUACGCAUGGCAAUUAACUACUCCAUUUACCUUACUUGCAAACUUAGUAUAUCCUCAGAAAACUUCCAAAUUGUUCAAGCAUCUUAUUAAAAGGAACUUAAUAUAUUUAGUGGACGUGGGGGCCUUCGGCACGCUUCAUGUCGUCGCUUGCACAGCAGCGCGACAAGCGCAACUACGCAUUGCAUCUUUUAUAUACUAGACAGGAGUUCGACGAGUGCCUAAAGCAAAUUGACAAAGUAUUAGAGGAGACAGAUGGAUUAUGCGAGUACGCAAUUUACAUCAAGGCGCUCAUCAUGCGCCAUAGAGGCAAAAUCCAGGAGUCCCUGCAGCUGUUCCAGCAGGCCACCGCCAUCAACCCCCACAACGUCGCAAACCUCAAACAGGUGGGUCGCUCCCUGUACCUGCUGGGCAAGCACAAGGCGGCGGUGGACGUGUACGAGGAGGCGGCCAAGUUCGGGGCGCCCGACUGGGAGAUCAUGCACAACAAGGGGCUGUGCUUCAUGUACCUCAAGCUGUACGACAGGGCCAUCGAGUCGUUCCGCGUUGCCAUCGACAUCCAGCCGCACGACUCCACCUUCCUGCAGCUGGGCAAGGUGUACAGCAUGAUGGACGACUACGGACAGGCCAUCAACGUGUACAUGGAGGCGCUGGAGCACUCCCCGGAGAACCCCGAGAUCCUCACCACACUGGGGCUGCUGUUCCUGCGCACCAACGACAACAGCCGCGCCUUCGACUACCUGAGCACCUCGCUCACCCACGACCCGCGCAACCCGCGGACCAUCCUGGCAGCGGGAUCCAUCAUACAGGACCACUCCGACAUGGAUGUGGCGCUGGUGAAGUACCGCGUGGCUGCAGUGCAGACGCCCAACAGCCCGCAGCUGUGGAACAACAUAGGCAUGUGCUUCUUCGGGAAGCAGCGAUACAUCGCCGCCAUCGCCUGCCUCAAGAAAGCCCUCUACCUGGGCCCCUUCGAGUGGAUCAUCUCCUACAAUCUGGGCCUGGUGCACCUGCACACCGGGCAGUACGCCUCCGCAUUCCAUUACUUCUCCGCCUCCGUCAACCUCAAACCCGACUUUGCGCACAGCUACAUGUACCUGGCGGUCACACUGGCGCGACUGGACGACUUUGAGAACGCGUGUGCGGCGUACGAGAAGGCGAUUCAGAUGGCGGGGGCGCCGGGGGAGCCCGUGUUCCACCUGAACUAUGCCAUCCUGCUGUACAACCAGAAGCAGACCGACGCCGCCCGCGCGCACCUGGCGCACUUCCGCUCGCUGUUCGCGGAGCUGGAUGAGGAGGCGCGGCGGGCGGACCCGGAGGUGGCGGAGCAGUCGGCACUGCUGGGGCAGCUCCUGGGAGUGUAGGGGUAAAGAGGAAACAUCUAAAUGACCGU